UAACCCGACCAAACUUAUACCCAUUUUUAACCAUGGCCGAAGUUGCUAUUAUAAGGUCGCCUCGACAAGCGAACCGUUCUCACUAAAACAUAUCCAAGAGAGCGAACCCUCUCGCACAUUGGGAAAAUUCGAGGCUUCAGUGUCACCGUUCUUGCACCAAAAACAGAAAAAAAGUGUCACCAUUCUCCCCUGCUUCCCUCUCUUCGUAUAGAGAAUCUCGCAGCGGCGACAAUCGACGGAGUUGGGGUUCCUCUCUCUUUCUCUCUCUACUUGUUCAUUUCGAAGAGUGGAUAAAAUUGUAUAUAUACAUUCAAAUUUGGCAUUGCUGGAGACCAAAAACUGAAAAAACCAAAGAUACAGUUUCAGUUUGUAGUCUUUAGCCAGUUUAAUCGUCAUUUUCCCUUUCGAUUUUAAUCAACUUUUGUUGAUUUAUUAAUUCUUAUUUGCGUCUGUGUGAUGAACAAAAGUUGAAUAACCCUCCACAAUCAGUCGAAGCUAUGCUUGUGAUGCAUAGAUUAAAGCUUUAAUCUCACUGUAUUUGAGUUUUGUUCUACCCAUCUGGUGUACAAUCGUAGUCUCUUUUCAUGGUCAAACCUUCAUCAAUUAGAUUCACAUUGGGUAGUUUUUUUUUUUGGGUUUUCCGCCAACUGGUAACGGUUCUAUUGCAAAAAAACCCUAAUCUGCUGUUGACAGAUCCUGAGAACUUCUAUUUUCAAUCUUCUAAGCUAUUAUAGAGGGCCGGGUUUAUUCUGAAUGUCAGAGCCAGUCACUGGUGAAUAUUGGUCUACAUGUGUGACAAAAACCAUUCUGAAAUGGAAAAUCAUAGUGAUUUGUCAAGAAAAGAAAAGAGAAAAAUCGCGAAGAAGCUGAAGAGGAAGCAGAUCAGAAGACAGGCUGCAUUGAAGGAACGGGCAGAAGAAGAAGCUAGAUUAAAUGAUCCGGAAGAGCAGCUUCGGAUCAGGUUAAAAGAGCAGGAAGAGGCUGAGAUCUUGGAAAUACAGAGGAAAGAGUUUGAAGAGCAUGAGAAGUUGUGGAUAGAAGCAGCGAAGAAAGCUGAAGAGGAAGCCCAAAGAAGACUACUAGAAGAGUCACAGAGAAAGCUGGUUGAGCCUGAGAAUGCGUUGGAUGAACAUCAUGAUGAUGAUGAUUGGGAUUAUGUAGAAGAAGGGCCCGCAGAAAUUAUCUGGGAAGGAAAUGAGAUAAUCGUCAAGAAGAAAAGGAUAAAGGUUCCUAAGAAAAAUGCAGAUGAAAAACGCAGAGAAGAGGAUGCUGACAGACCUACAUCAAAUCCCCUUCCUCCACAAUCUGAAGCUUUUUCUGCAUACAAGAGUACACCGUCUUCUUCUGCACAAAAUGUGCUCGAGAGUGUUGCCCAACAAAUCCCAAACUUUGGAACUGAACAGGAUAAAGCUCAUUGCCCUUUCCAUCUAAAAACUGGAGCUUGUCGUUUUGGGCCACGUUGCAGUAGAAUUCAUUUUUACCCUGAUAAAUCAUGCACAUUGCUUAUCAAGAACAUGUACAAUGGACCUGGCCUCGCUUGGGAGCAAGAUGAAGGGCUUGAGUGUUCAGAUGAAGAGGUUGAAUGCUGUUAUGAAGAGUUCUAUGAGGAUGUGCACACAGAAUUCUUGAAGUUUGGUGAAAUUGUGAAUUUCAAGGUGUGCAAAAAUGGUUCAUCUCAUUUGCGUGGGAAUGUUUAUGUGCACUAUAAGUUCCUGGAGUCAGCUGUUCUUGCGUAUGAUUCUAUAAAUGGUCGCUACUUUGCUGGCAAACAGAUAACAUGCGAGUUUAUUGGUGUGACGAGAUGGAAGGUUGCAAUAUGCGGGGAGUACAUGAAGUCAAGGCUUAAGACAUGUUCUCGUGGAACAGCCUGCAACUUCAUCCACUGCUUCCGUAAUCCUGGAGGAGACUAUGAAUGGGCUGAUUGGGAUAAUCCACCCCCUAGGUACUGGGUGACAAAGAUGGCUGCUUUGUUUGGUCCUUCAGAGGAAUCUGGGUAUGAUAGGAAUAUUGAGCCAGAAAGUCAAAGGAAGCAGUGGAACACUGGCAAGCAUGGGCACCACUCAAGAAGAUCGAGAUCAAAGGAUGUUGACUGGUCCUAUAGUGGUUCUGGUAGAGAUUACUCUCAUGAAUACAGUUUCGAGAAAAGCAGUCAUUCAAGCAGGCAUUCCCACUUGGGUAUCAAUAGAAAGGAAAGAAGCUUCUACAGUGAGGACAGACGGUGCCAAGAGAAUAUAAAAGUUGAAGACGAUCGGCAAAAUGAUAAGAUUGUUGCCUGUGAUAAUGAUUCUGGUGAAGAGUUCUCUGACAGGGAUACAGGAAAAGGGCAGCGGUGUCAUCGCUCUAGUAGACGCUCAAGUUGCCACCAAAAAGGAGAGGAUCUUCCUGAUGAUCAUAGAAAACUUGCAGGAAAGCAUAGAUCUGAUGGACCUGAAAGAUAUGAAGGACAAGGCAAGUUAUUGGGUCAUGAUGCCCACAGAAAAUAUUCAGAUCUACAUGGACUCCAAAAUCGUAGUUACUCAAGCAGCAGGUGGCACUCUAGGGAAUUAGAGGAGGCAGAUUCUCUUGAUGAGCACAGUAAGUCAGAAGACAGUAGUGAGUUUGACAGUCCUGGCCAGCAUGAUCGGAGAUGUAAAUCACACAAUCAGGGCUCAAACUACAACUCUGAUGAGACCAUAGAUCGGCAUGAUAGUUGGGAAACAGAUACCAGACUCUUUCAUGAACAUGAAGUCACAAGGGAGUACAGUUCUGAUGAUCAUGAAAAAAAUUAUGGAAGAUACGAGUCCAAUGAUAGCUCUGGUGGGAAAAACAAUGAAAACAGAUCCAGAUCGAGGCGAUCAAGCCACAGAUCGCACAUGGCUAGCCGGGAGAAAGGAAGAGAUUCUUCUGAUGGGGAAAGGAAAUCUAAAGAGAAUUUUGAUCGCUGGAAACGUCGGAAGAAUCAGUCUCAUAACCAAGAACUAUAUAACAAGAAAAAUAAAUCCCAGAAACAGGAGAUUAAUGAUGCGACUACAUCCUCCAUAGAAUCUGAGGAAAAGUCAGGUUGUGGACAGGAAGAAUCCUAUGAUCAUGAAAGAUGGAAUCCUAGUCGUUGCAGUCCCUUUGAUCCCCACAAAUGUGGGGAUGCGGUUGUGAAGUUCGAGGAUGUUGAAAAUGGGAAGAGCCACAGAACUAGAAGAAAGAAAAGUCAUCACAGGGAAGAGGAAGAGUAUGAGAACACACACGUCAUGGAGAAGAGAGCUUCUAGGAAGAGAUCCAGAACUCGGUCACCUGUUCGAGACUUGGUCAGGUCAAUAAGUGAGAGGAGCUACCGUAGAGGUGAGGAAUCCUAGUCCUUCUGGAAGUUGUUGGAAUCUCUUCCAUUCAGUGUUAGACAUCUCUAGUUGGCUCUUUGGAAAACUUGACUGUCUUUGUAUAAUUGCAAUGUUUCUCGUUUUCCUUCUUUUUCAUCGACCCUUAUAAUUGUUGGCAUUGUUCAUAAACAGUACUCAAAAGUAGUCAACUUAGUUAUAGUUGUUAUGAAUAGUCUUGUAUUUUUCAAAGGUAGAGGAAAUAUAUUUGCAGUUUAUGUCA